UUUCAGCUGAUUCGUUCGCUGUAUAAAACUAAUAAUAAAACCCUAGCAGAGGCCUAGGGCUUGCGAAGAACUGAAGGAGAGAACCCCAGCACAUCAUCAUGGUGAACGUUCCAAAGACAAAGAAGACAUAUUGUAAGAGCAAGGAGUGCAGGAAGCACACAUUGCACAAGGUGACACAGUACAAGAAGGGUAAAGAUAGCUUAGCUGCCCAAGGAAAGCGCAGGUACGACCGCAAACAAUCAGGUUAUGGAGGACAGACAAAACCCGUCUUCCACAAGAAGGCCAAGACAACCAAGAAGAUUGUGCUGAGGCUUCAAUGCCAGGGUUGCAAACAUGUAUCGCAACACCCAAUCAAGAGGUGCAAGCAUUUUGAGAUUGGAGGGGAUAAGAAGGGAAAGGGCACUUCUCUAUUUUAGAUGGAUUAUUCAUGGUCUUUUUUGCCAUACUAUCUUCCUUUUAGACCUUUUCUUUUAUGUUUGUUCUACUUUUUUGUACUUUGAUUAUGGUGUUCCAUUCCCAAAUUUCUGAAUAUGAUUAAUUUGUUGGAUGUUCUGUGAUGCUUGAAGUAUGUUUAAUUUCAAGAUUGAGUACAUGUAGGGUUAGGGACUUGUUUUCUUGAA